AAAAAAGAGUAAUCAAGGGUCCCGUCCUACGCGGAAGUAAGCGUCUCGUUUCCCUGCAAGCCGCAUCGGAAGCCGAUGGAUUUUCGAUCCACAGAGCUCAGCACGCGCAAUGACUGCCCUACAGCCCUUGUACCUAUGUACCUUGCCCUAGCCCUGGCCUGUUCUCCCCCUCCCCUCAAUUCAGAACUCUAGCUAGGUAUUAGCUAGUUAGUCUGGUUAGUUACUGGCUACGUAGGUAUUUUGCUGCAAUGGAAAUGGUGGGACCCAUCGGCGACGGUGCGUGGAUAGUCUAUCCAACAUCAAGUGUGCUCCAGGCUAUGGCGGGCGGGACAUUUCGGUACAUUGAUGUACCUACUAUUGCAAUAGUAAUGAUAAUGAGAAUAACAAUCGGAACGGUGAGAGGCAAAUUAGGUACAUUGGUGUCUCAUAUAAUCACCAUCAAUGGCUGCGAGAAGGGAGCAAGACACAAGUCCGAUAGGGUAGAUGAUAUGCUUCCGUCCAAUCAAUACAGAGAGAUACAGAUACGUAGACAUCCAACAUGCUUCUUCUUUCAUUGCUCUUGGGGAGAAGACGAUGCCAUUAUAGCGGCACUUGGGACAUGUUUUAGUACCUGUGUAGUAGAAGCUCAUCAAAGCCGUACUCUACGACGUACGACCAGAGGGCUGCUUGCUGCUCUACGCAUGCGUUGGAGUUUCUAGAAGGAAGCCCAUGAUGGUGAUUACGAUGAUGAUGACGAUUAGGACGAGAAGGUAAGAAGUGCUGAGUGGAUGAUUGCAUGGUCUAUUACCCCCUUCGGCAUCGUGGGCA